AUGGCAAGUCGAAAGACGAAGAAGUUAGCGGAGGAUAAGCUGAUUCUCAAGCGGGUGUUGGCAACACGAGAUGUGGUGGAAGGAUUCGUGAAGGAGUACGAUCAUGAACGGGACGUCGGUGAAGUUGCUGUGCGUUUGGAGACGCUCAACAGGACAAACAGGGAGUUCCUGCAUAUCCAGUCCGAAAUCGAGAAGUUAGACUCCGAGGAGAACUUCGACCAACACAUGACGGUGCGGAACGAUUUCGAGAAUCGCUUCUGCAGGUUGAAGGCCUUUCUCCUCGCCAAGAAAUCAACGGAGCGGAGUCAACCGCUUCUAAACUCAACAAUGGCGUCAUCAACCUUUGGACCGCAGCAUAACGCAUCCAGUUUCCAACAUCGCUUGCCGAAAAUCGACCUGCCGAAAUUCUCUGGAGACGAAUCACGCUGGAUUUCGUUCCGCGACAGCUUCCUAUCCAUGAUCCACGGCAAUGUGGAUAUCCCAACGGUGAACAAGUUGCAAUACCUCCUGCAGUCAUUGGAAGGAGAAGCCAGGAAGCCGUUCGAGAGUGUCGACAUCCAAGCGGACAAUUACGCUUCAAACUGGGACGCGCUCAUGAAGCGAUACGAUAACAAGCGGUUUUUGCGGAAGGAGUUGUUCCGACGGUUGUUCGAACUCUCAUCGAUGAAGCGCGAGUCAGCACAGGAGCUGAACACUCUGGUGGAUGAUUUCCAGCGGCACGUGAAGGCUCUGGGGAAACUCGGUGAACCAAUUCAUCAUUGGGACACCCCGCUGACAUUCAUCCUCUGCAACAAGCUCGAUCUCUAUACGUUGCGUGCCUGGGAGCAGGAAACUCGACAGAAAGACGAGGUCAAGUAUGAUGAACUGAUCGAGUUCCUCACGCAACAAGUCCGUAUGUUGAAGUCAGUAGCGAGUGAUCUCCAGUAUCGUUCCCAAGGGCCCAGCAUCAAGGUGGCCGGCCCGACUUAG